AUGAGCGCCCUCCCCUCGGCCGCGAGCGCUGUAGGGAGGAUGCUCCACAGGCACCAGACCACGACGUCGCAUUUGGCGUUGCCACCAUCAUCUUCCCCCGCCACAGAGGACGACAAUGGGUUUGUGAUGUUGCAGCCCGACAAGCCGGCCUCCACGACGGCAGUCGCUCGAUACGAUUUCGAUGGAUUUGGAGGGCAGCUCUCCUUUCGGCGAGGAGACGAGAUCGUUCUCCUCAACCACCCCCCACUCGCCACCUCCCCAUCUUCGCGUCAAACCCCCUACGUAUCCUCUUCAUCUACAAGCACCUCGUCGUGGUGUGUCGGCAAGCGAGCUAUGGACGGCGUCACGGGCAUCGUCUACCUACCCGCUUUGAAGCUCCCCUCAUCCAUGCCAUCAUCAUCUUCUACUUCUGCUGUCGCUUCUCCGACCGGCCCUCGGCGAGGUCGUCUCUUCAUCAUCGACCACAGCUCAACCAAGGCGCGAGAGGACGAAGAACGACUACAGAAGGAGCACCGUGGCUACGAUCACUACGGUAACGCUGUGGAAGACGACGAGCCGCCAGGCACGACGAAGCGGAAGGAGAACUACGGAGUCCAAGUUGUGGGGUUCGUGCUGGUGCUGCUGGUGCUCUUGUUCGUCUUGGGCUGCCUCGGGCAGGCUGGGUGGGGCCUCGCCCUGCUGGGCUUCCUGCCUCGCUUGGCUUCUCUCUUCGAUCGCCUCGUCCAGCGACGCUUCCUCUAG